GAGUCUACUUUUAAAUAUCAUAAAUUCUACCCUACUUUUAUUUACAGAAUUGUUUUUAUUUUUCUGUUUACAUAGUGUUAAUUAAUUCUUGAUUUAUGAUAAUUAAGAUAAUUGAUCAUAGAUUCAUGAUAUAUGUGUACGAUAUGAACUAUAUCUAGGUAAUUAAGUUAAUUUCACAAAGCCAAGUCAAACAUUUACGCAGUGAUAGCUAAGACGUGAUUAUUGUUCAUAAUUUCAUUAUGUUGUCUUUCCUAGUGGCGGGAGGCUGUGCAUAUGAAUUGCAUUGAUAGUAAACGUAAUAAUUGAAUUAAUUAUACUUGUUUGUACGUAGAGGAAGAGUAAAAAAAAACAUUUUAUUGAUAUUCAGUGCAGUGAUUAUUGUAAUCACAUAAUUAAAAUUCUGAAAGCUUCAUUUCAAUACUUUUGUUUAUAAACCAUAAAUUGUUAUCGUGGUGUUUGUAGAUAAAGUACACCUAAUUUAGAUAUUUUAAAAUGCAAUGCGCUUCCGAAGUGAUGGCUUCUUUUCUGUGGUCUAGUGACGACGAUGUUAGUAAUAGAGAACCAAAAAUUAUUGAACAAUUUGUACAAGAUGUGGAAGAUUUUAGCUCUCAGUAUGGAAGUGAAAUUAGUGUUUCAUAUACUGCUUUUAACCUUCGCGGCCCACCUUCAAACUUUCCAGAUUAUGGGGACUAUCCUCAAGCUUUUGUGAUGAGAACAUAUGGAACAUGGUGGGAUGAGGCACCAUCAGCAUCAAAAAAUUAUAUGCCCCAGAACAAUAAUGCAUAUACAAGUCAGGAUUUUGUAGAAGUGUCAUUUAAAGAAGCAGUUUACCCAUUGGAAGUGUCAGUAUUUGAAACAUACAAUCCUGGAGCUCUAGUCCGAAUAUGGGCUUUUGGUAUAAGUACUUCAUCAUGGUAUUUGCUAUGGGAAGGAGAACCACAUUAUGCAGGAGAUACACCUAGGAUAUUUAGUCCCCGUAUAAAACUAAUAAGUGAUUCUACAAGAAUUUUGAGGCUGGAAUUCAACCAUAAAUUGCUGCCAUAUUACACAGAGCUAGAUGCUGUUCUGCUGAAAGGACUCCAGUGCCUGGAUAUAGAAAUACCUAAAAGUUUAUCUCGAACCUUCGAUGAAAAGCCUAAGCCAUUUAAAAAAGGUCAAAUCCUCGAUAAAGUAGUAUCAUCUAAUCUUCAUGAAAAAAUUGUACCUCCAAUGCCUACAGCCAUCCAAUCAGAAAAAUUUGACACUGAUACAGUAUUAGGGGAUUUUCAACGAUUACCUAACGAAACAAUAUUAUACGUAAUGAAAUAUUUAGACAUACAAUCCUUAUGUCGAUGCGCGCAAGUUAACCGUCACUUCAAUAGACUCGCCUCCGAUACAAUACUGUAUAGGGAGAUUGAUCUUAGACCAUAUUGGUAUUGUGUGCAUUCUCAGGUCUUAUCAACUUUAUCUAACCGUUGCAAAUUUCUACAGAAGUUAGACUUAUCUUGGUGUGGCAGCCGUCGCAAAAUAUAUCCAAGUUCUGUUGUAAAUUUCCUCAAAGACAGCGGAACUGAAUUGACACAUCUCAGAAUGAAUUGCUGCAAAUUUGUAGACAAUAUGGUGCUAAGAGCAAUUGUUACCACUUGUCCUAGUCUACAAGAGUUAUGUUUGCGUUCCGUCGUCGGUUGCACUGAAUGGGGCGUGUUGGCGAACCUGAGGAAGCUGCGUAGACUAGACCUGUACAGGACUGAUAUAACCACGUGGGCAGUGGUCGCGAUUAUCACAUCCAAUCCGGGGUUAGAACAUCUUAAUGUUGGUUCCUGUAAAAUGAUAUCGUCUAUGGACGAUGUGGCUAUAGCGCUCGGUAACAACUGUCCAAACCUCAUAUCUGUUGAUUUCUGGCGUUCGUUCUCAUUAACGCCCACUGGGAUAAGAGCGCUUGGCAACUGCAAGAAUUUACAAGAAUUAGACGUUGGCUGGUGUUUGCAAGCGGGCGCUUCAGGCGAGUGGCUGGGUUGGCUUACUGGAAAUGAACUAAGAAAGUUGUUCCUGGGUGCUUUGCGAGGGAUCUGCGACCGGGACUUAAGGGCUCUGCUCCCGCGGUUGGCGCGAUUGCAACAACUCGACUUACUAGGCGUCAGGGCUGUCACACCGGACAUUUGUGACGCUAUUCUGGAUGAAUGUCAUGAUCUUCGCCUUUUGGACGUCAGUUUCUGUGACCAAAUCCCCGAUGCGCAGGUAGCAGAAUGGCGCGAGCAGUUCCCUCGCGUAAGAAUAAAGAGGUCGUACCAAACGGAACACGUCAAUACCGCUCCCAACGAUUUGUUUCUUGCGCCAGUUCUAGAAUAGGCGUAAAACAAAAUAAGUAACGGAAAUAUGUUGAAAUUGGAAUUUAAUUUCAAAUGUCAAUAGAAUGUGUACAUACGUGUUAGAAUUAUCGGUGUACUUUAUAUUAUAAUUAAAAAGUUAUAUAUUAAGAAGAUAUUCUGUGAUAAAUAAUGUACUUAGUUUAACAAAAUGUGCGAAACGUUACCCUGAAGAGAGAUUCUCUUUUGUACUGGCCAUUAAUACUAAGAUAUUUUAAAGUCAAAUGAAAGUAUAAAGACAACAUAACCUUCAAGAAAAGAGUAUAUUCCUUUUUAAAAGGCCGGCAGCACACCUGCAAUGCCGCUGGUGUUGUGGGUGAUCAUGGGCGGCGGUAGUCACUUACCAUCAGGUGAGCCGCAUGCUCGUUUGCCCCCUGUGUUGUAAAAAAAAAAAAAAAAGACUGAAUAAAUUUAAUUUAAUAUAACAAUUGUCGUAUGAUGCUUAAAUUUAUAAAGCAUUUAUUUGUAUAUUUCUGCAGCUAAUUUCCGUAUUUUAUUUUAAUAUUUAAGAAAUUGGAAUGAAAAAUUUAUUUUUAUUAUAUGUAUUUAGGAAAGCAGAGAUACGAUAAUAUUCAGUAAUUAUUAUUCUCUAAGUACAUACAUUGUGUUUUAUUAUAGCCAGGAGCCACAGUACUGACAUGUCGAAAUGUAGAUGUCUUUUGUGCGUUAAAUAUAGGAGCCAUUUUAAAAAUUAUCUAUGACAAUAUAAUUUUAUAUAUUAAAUAAUUCUAGUCUAUUCUGUUUAGUCUGAUUUGAUUUUAAUGUUUGUUAUUUUAGUUAUUUACGUAAUAGUACAGUCCAACUAUUUUUAUAAUCGACGAUUGUUAUGCAAUAGAUAUUUCUUUUCAAUGCAAUUUUACAAUUACAAGCAUAAAUGCUUCGAAAUUUAUCGAUAAUUCUUUUAGUAUUAUCAUUUUAACAUAAUUUUAAAUUAUUAUUAUUAUAAAUAUUUUAUGUCGCAAAGACACAGCCAUAUCGUUAAAAAUUUAAAAGCAAAAGUAUUUUAGGAUCUUAGAAAGCAGUGGAUUUAAAUUAGAAUUUAAACUGGUCAGAAAUAUUGUCAUUAUUUUGUUUAAAAAUAGAUUGACAACAGAUGUUGCCAGAAUUAAUAAGAAUGUUGUUAACACUUAUUGUCUAUUGGUUAAUUUUUUUUUAAUUGUUACGAUAUAUUUUGUGUUGUCCAUGUUUGUAUUAGACGAUGGUUAUCACUUUCCGUAGGCCAUUAAAUUUCUUUGCUAUAUUGUUACAGAUCUGUGCGAUAGUGAUUUUUGUUUUCUUUUUAAAAUCAGUAUUUUACGAGGUUGCGGUGUGUGUAAUCCAUUGCUAUCUAUAUAUAGUUAUUUUAGCUCAGGAUUAGUUUAUUCCUUUUGUGCGAUUAAUAAAUAUAUUAGAACUGUGCACAAUAUAAUUUAAAUACAUUUUAUUAUAACAAGCGACGGCAAUACUAAUAUAAUCUGCAGUAAAUAGAUAAGUAUGUUUAGAUUUUGUGUUUGAAUAGUUAAUGUAAUAUAUUAAAGAAAGACAACAUAUUUUUCUAUGUCAUAAUAAAUAUAUAAUUUUUGAAA